AUCGGCAAUAUCUCUUGCAACGCCAUGGCACUUUGGACCUCGAGCCGGUGCCGGACAUGACGGACAAUGAUCCGUACAACUGGCCGAAACAUAAGAAAGUUAUCAACCUGGUGCUGGUCGCGUUCCACGCCAUGAUGGGCACCUUCACAGCGGCCGCAGUGCAGUCCGUCUUCGCCGAGAUCGCGGCGGAUUUUGGCGUGUCGAUCCAGAGUGCCUCGUACAUGCUUUCGCUCGUCAUCGCGGUGCUGGGCGGCGCACCGCUGAUAUGGGGCCCCAUCUCGCAGCGCUUCGGGCGGCGGCCAAUCUUUCUGCUCUCUCUGCUUUGCAGCUUAGCCGGCAACAUUGGCUGCGCCGUGAGCCCAUCGUACAGUACAAUGGCGUUUUGCCGGGCCAUCACGGGCUUCUUCAUCUCGCCAGCCAUCGCCCUCGGGAGCGGCGUCGUCACCGAGACCUUUUUCAAAAAGGAGCGGGCGAGCUACAUCGGUGUGUGGACGAUCAUGGUCACCCUUGGCGUGCCGGUUGCGCCCUUGAUCUUUGGGUUCGUCUCGGUGAGAGUCGGGUAUCUGUGGAUCUACUGGAUCAUGGCCAUUGUCAACGGCGUGCAGUUUAUCCUUGGGUUUUUCCUCUUGUCCGAAUCGCGCUACAUCCGGAACUCGGUCCCCGCAUGCACUCCGCAGCUCUCGGCCAGCGUCAACGGGCGCUCGUUCGGAAGUCUCCUGAGCGUCAGGCGCAUUGAUCCUACGCCUCUCAGCUGGUGGGACUUUGUCCGACCCCUCUCGUUCGUCACCCGGCCCUGCGUCAUCAUUCCCGCAUUCGCCUAUGCCAUGGUCUUCUUAUGGGCCAAUAUAGUCAUGACGGUUGAGACGGGCUCGCUGUUUCCCGAGAAGUUCGGUCUCAACCCAGAGCAGGUGGGCCUGCAGAACAUCAGCCUCAUCGUCGGUUCGCUUAUUGGCGAGCUGAUGGGUGGGUUCCUGAGUGAUUGGUGGAUGUGGCGGCGACAGAGCAAGAACGAGAAGAACAGCGCCGCCGUCGAUAGCGAAGGCAGUGAAGGCCACCACGCGCCGCAGCCCGAGUUCCGCCUCUGGGUGGGCUACCCGGGCCUCCUGCUAGCCAUCUGCGGCGUGGUGGUGUACCUCGUGCAGCUCGACCGGGCGGGCGAUACGUGGAACAUCACGCCCAUCAUCGGUGCCGGCAUCGCGGCGGUGGGGAACCAGAUCGUCACGACGGUCGCGACGACGUACGCGGUCGACUGCUACAGGGAGAGCGCUGCCGAUGUGGGCGUCUUCGUCUGCUUCGUGCGGCAAAUGUGGGGGUUCAUUGGACCGUUCUGGUUCCCACAGAUGAUUUUGGAGGCCGGGUUCAGGCCGUCGGCGGGGAUUGCCACGGCCAUGCUGGUUGGCGCGUCACUGAUUCCAAUGGUAGUUGUGCAGUGGAAGGGGAGAUCUUGGCGGUGAUUCUGUCUAGGUUAUUACUCCGUAUCUAAAAUCCAU